AUGGCCGAUAAAGACACAUCCAGCACCCCCAACACCAACACCAUCUACUCCCAACCGCACCGCAACCAAACCUACUCCAGCACCAACAACCCCCCAUCCGAAGAACACCCCCGCCGAGCCCUCAAACCAGGCCUCUACGUCCCGCUCCUCGCCUUCUUCUCCCCCGAAACCGAAGAGCUCGACGAGUCCACAGUCGCUCAGCACGCCGUGCGCAUGGCCAAAGCCGGGGCCAUGGGCCUCAUCACCCAAGGCACCUACGGGGAAGCCGCACACCUCUCUCACACAGAACGGGCCCGCAUCACCCGCACCACACGCCACGCCGUCGCAGCAGCAGGAUACCCGCAACUCCCAGUAAUCGCAGGCUGCGGCGCGCCGUCCACCAGCGAGACGAUCGAGCUGUGCCAGGAUGCGUUCGAGUCGGGCGCGGACUACGCGCUCGUCCUGCCUCCUUCUACGUACAAGGCGCAGUACACGCUUCCCAGCCUAAAGGCCUAUUUCGAGGAUGUGGCUGGUGCGUCGCCCAUCCCGGUGCUGGUGUACAACUACCCCUCGAUGACGGGCGUGGACCUCGACGCUGAGACACUUGCUUCGCUGGCGGGGCAUCCGAAUCUCGUCGGGUACAAACUUACCUGUAACGACAUGGGGAAGCUGAACCGGCUCGUUGCGGCAGUGCAGCCUGCGACGGCUGCGGAGCGGGGAUCGGGGUUUAUGUGCUUCGGGGGCUCGGCGGAUGCGACGCUGCAGACGUUGGUGGGUGGUGCGUCGGGGGUGGUUGCGGGAUUGGCCAACAUUGCGCCUAAGGCGUGUGUGAGGCUGGUUGAGUUAUAUCAUUUGGGGGAGAUGGAGGAAGCGAGGAGCCUUCAGGGGGUGGUUGCGAGGGCGGAUCGAGUUGCUACGGAGGGCGGGGUGGGGGCCGUCAAGAGUGCAUUGAGAGUGUGGUUUGGUUAUGGAGGGUAUGCACGGAGGCCAUUGCGGGGGACAGAAGCAGAGGAAAAGAGGGAAAGUGGUGCAGAGGGGUUGAAGGAGGUGGUGGAGUUGGAGAAGCAGCUGUAG